CCAAAGAAAUUAGUAUGUAUGUGUGCAUGUAUCUAUAGAUGUUAUGCAAGAUGAAGAAGAUACGAAUUGUUUCUGAGUCUAGACGGUAGAGCCAUUGUAUCAUGUAUUUCACCAACCAUUGUUCUUCGUUUUCAUCCCCAGAAAGACUCUAGCCGCCUCCUUUUCUUCCCCUAAUUCCAAAGACAAAUUAAUUAGCUUUUAGAUAAAAGAGGUCAACCCUUGAAAUUCUUAAUCGAUUCCUUCGAUACCCAGAGUCGGGAUCGAUCUCGUCGACCCUUUUUCCCCCUCCUGUAUAGCUAAGAACCCAAUAAAGGAAAAAUGUCGUCGGAGAUUGAGGUGGUGGAGGAAGAGGUCCAACCGAAUUCAAGGGAAAAUGGGCAACCGAGUUCGAAAGGGAAUGAAGAAGAGAGCUUGAGGAACGAUGUUUAUACUGCGGCUGCGUAUGGAGAUUUGGAGAAGCUUCACAGAUUGGUGGAGUGUGAAGGGUGCUCUUUGUCGGAACCUGAUGGCCUUGGUUACUACGCUCUUCAGUGGGCUGCUUUGAACAAUCGCACCGCCGUUGCUCAGUACAUUAUCGAGCAUGGUGGAGAUGUAAAUGCGACAGAUCACACGGGACAGACUGCAUUGCAUUGGAGUGCUGUUCGUGGUGCUAUACAAGUUGCAGAACUUCUAUUGCAAGAGGGUGCAAGGGUAGAUGCUGCGGAUAUGUAUGGUUAUCAGACAACACAUGUUGCUGCACAAUAUGGCCAGACUGCGUUUCUUUGUCACAUUGUCUCAAAGUGGAAUGCUGAUCCCGAUAUACCUGAUAAUGAUGGAAGAAGCCCCUUGCACUGGGCCGGUUAUAAAGGUUUUGCUGAUUGCAUCCGCCUUCUUUUGUUUCUGGAUGCAUAUAGAGGACGACAGGACAAAGAAGGCUGCACUCCUCUCCACUGGGCUGCUAUACGGGGUAAUUUGGAGGCGUGCACAGUCUUAGUGCAGGCUGGGAAGAAAGAGGAUUUGAUGAUAACUGAUAAUACUGGGCUUACCCCUGCACAACUUGCUUCUGAAAAGAAUCACAGACAAGUUGCUUUUUUCCUUGGAAAUUCUAGAAGAAUGCUUGAAAAGCGGUGUGAUGGAAACAGCACCCUUGGGAGAUUAUCAAAGUUGGGGCUUGCUCCAAUACUUUGGUUCAUCAUUCUGCUUCUUCUUCUCAUCUAUACCAAUUCUGUAGUUUUGGCAUCCAAUCUGCCAAAGCUAACAAGUGGGUUUGGUGCCCUUGCAUGGCUGGGUUUCUUUCUAGCAACUGCAGGGUUAUUCUUGUUUUACCGGUGUAGCAGCAAGGAUCCCGGUUACAUCAGAAUGAAUAUCCAUGAUCCACAGAACAUGAAAGAUGAUGAACCAUUACUGAAAAUAGAGCUAAACAACCCUGUUUUGCUUGCUGGGAAUUGGACCCAGCUCUGUGCGACAUGCAAGAUCAUAAGACCCCUUCGAGCUAAGCACUGUUCUACCUGUGAUCGUUGUGUAGAGCAAUUUGAUCAUCACUGUCCUUGGGUAUCAAAUUGUAUCGGAAAAAAGAACAAAUGGGAAUUUUUUCUUUUCCUUUUCCUGGAAGUAGUAGCAAUGCUGAUAACUGGCGGUGUCACUCUUUCAAGAAUUUUGACGGAUCCUUCCGCUCCGUCUUCAUUUGGAGCAUGGCUGAGCCAUGUUGGUACUAAUCAUGUCGGUGCUAUGUCCUUUCUGAUUGUGGAAUUCUGCCUAUUCUUCUCUGUCGCCGUUUUGACUGUCGUACAAGCUUCACAGAUAUCAAGGAACAUAACCACUAAUGAAAUGGCAAACGCAAUGCGCUACAGCUAUUUGAGAGGCCCGGGUGGUCGGUUCAGGAACCCUUUUGACCAUGGUUGCAGAAGAAACUGCUCAGAUUUCCUGUUAAAGGGCUAUAAUGAAGAUAUCGAGUGUCGAGAAGAAAGCCCUUCACCUAGAGAAGAAGAAGAAGGCGGUAUCAGUAUGGUCCAAAUGCAGAGAAACUUGAAUCUUGAAAACGGAACUAGCAUUAGUUCCCACAACACCAAUGGGAGCUCCCAUGUCGCUAUUGAUGUUAACAACAUCGAUCAUCAUGGUCACCAUCAUGUUCAUUCUUCAAACUGCAGCCAUGGUAGUAAGCAUGUCAAGUCAAAGAGUGACAGUGUACCUUUGGGUCUGGGUCUAGGUCUUGGCCGUAACCCUUCUCGACCUGUUGUACCUCCAUGAAUACGGAUCUCAUGUUCCUCGUUCCUCUGAUUGUGCAUUUUGUGUUGUAUGAAAGCACUUGAUUCCUCGUUAUUUGGUUCAUUCAGAUCGAUUAAA